GGCACUCAGGAGGGUACAUCUUUACAAAACAAAAGGUUAAUGGUGAGCCUUUGAACAGGAAGUAAAUGCUAGUGUUCAGAGGUUAUUUGGUUCUGGAGUUGUUUGCAAGUGAAUUCUCAUACAACUGGGAUUAAUACGUCUGUCUGUGUUUCUGAGAAGUGCAGGUUGUGGUGCUAGUAAAACAGAGCAAUGAAACUGAAGGUACCACAAACCUUUAAAGAUGUUGCUGUUGAAUUUUCAAGAGAAGAAUGGCAAAUGCUGAGCAAAGAGGAGAAACAGCUACACCGAGAUGUGAUGCUGCAGAACUACGAGCACAUGCUGACAGUAGGAUGCAAAGUACCACUGGAAGAACUAGUGGUGCUGCUUGAUGACCCUGGUGACCUUCCAUUUAGCAUUGUGGAAGAAAAUGUGACAUCACUUCAGCCGGAUCCCUGUGACAUCCCCCAAACAGUCCAUAGGUCGGCAGACUGUGAAGGUCGUCAGAGGUCAUUGUCAAAGGAUCACAUGAAUUCUGAAGGCACCAAAAGCUUCACUGAUAGCACGGCCAUAACAGGACAUGAGGAUGUUCUCCACAGAAACCAUCAGAGUAAAUACAUGGAGUCUGACAUGAGUUUUACCCAGAAGAAUGAGCUAAAAAGCCCUCUGCAAAGACAUGAUGUAAAGGAGUUAUCCAAAUAUAGUAACUGUAAACAGAAAGUCACAUUUCCGUUUACUUUUAAAACACAUGUCAAAAUCACUCACACAAAUAAGAAUGGGUUUAUUUCCUCUCAAUAUUUGAAUAUUUUCAGGAAAUUUAGCGUUGUUAAAUGUGAUAAAUAUAAGGAUAUGCAAGUAACACGCCAAAAAUUAUUCAUGAGAGGGAAACCUUAUAAAUAUGGUCCAUUGGCCAAAAGCUUAAUAAAAAAGGAUAAAUCUAUAACUACUCAAACAGGUGAGAGGCCAUAUAACCAUGCUGUAUGUGAGAAGAGUUUUUUACAGAAGAAUAACCUUUCACUGCGUGAGAAUAUCCACAAAACAGAGGAUCUGUUUAAAUGUAUCCCAUGUGGCAAAAGUUUUUCCAGGAGAGGCAGCCUUACAAACCAUGAAAGAAUGCAUAGAGGGGACAAACCUUAUAAGUGUGCCACAUGUGAUAAGGGUUUUACAUGGAAGAACAAUCUCAGAAAACAUGAGGGAGUUCACAGUGGGAACAAACCCCUUACAUGUAUCCAGUGUGGCAAGAGUUUUGCCAGAAGAACCAGCUUUAAAAAUCAUGAAAGAAUCCAUAGAGAGUACAAACCGUAUAAAUGUACCACAUGUGGUAAGAGUUUUGUGUGGAAGUGUAAGCUCAGAGAUCAUGCGAGAAUUCACAGUGGGGAGAAGCCGUACAAAUGUUCCACGUGCGGCAAAAGUUUUGCAUGGAAAUAUUACAUUGCACUUCAUAUGAAAACUCAUACUUUGGAUAAGCCACAUCAGUGUAAUACAUGUGGCAAGAGCUUUACUUGGAAGCAGUGUAUUGCACUCCACAAGGAAACUCAUACUGGGGAUAAACUACACAAAUGUGACGCAUGUGGCAACAGUUAUACACACAAAUGCACCCUCAAAGCCCAUGAAAAAACACACAUUAAUUCUUAUACCUGUACGACAUGUAGCAAGAUUUUUAGACGGAAAGACCAACUCAAAGUCCAUGAGAGAAGACACACUGGAGAGAAACCAUAUGAAUGUGCAUCUUGUGACAAGCAUUUUGCACGAAAGGACAAACUUAUUAUACAUGAGAGAAUCCACAGUGGAGAAAAGCCAUAUCAGUGUUCAAUUUGUAGCAAGAAUUUUGCACGGAAGGACAGACUCGUAACCCACAAGAAAAUCCAUAGUGAAAUAAAUCCUGUAACUGUACCACAUGUGGCAUGAGUUUUACACAGAAGCUUCACCUGAAAGUCCAUGAGAAAAGCCAAUAACUUGCCUUUUGACGAUGUAUGAACUGUACACUGGAAUUGAUGCUGACAAAGUUUAUAGUCAUUUAGAAGAAAACUCAAUUA